UUGGUUCUUUUUGCAAUCGCCUGUGUAUGUCUACUAGGCAAUGCCGGACUGAUAAUGCUACGUAAACAUGGUUGCAUAAGGUAUGAUCUAGAUCACAGCAAGCCUGGAGUGUUUGCUACAGGCCAGCUAAUCAAACGAGCUAUUGACACGGUUACAGCUACAAGGUCAAUGGCGUCUAUUCAAGCUGGCAGCACAAGAAAUCUCUUGACGGAUGGUGUUUUACGCAACGGUCAUGUUAUCGGAUCAGGGUUUUCAACAGCCCAAGAUGGUGGUCUGGUUUACGGUAUGGACUGUCAACGACUCGAUGUUCGCACUAGACAAUUGCCUCCAUUGGCGAAAGAUGAAUACAAAGACAAAAUGGAAAUGGCAUUUGGCGGAGUUAGAAACGAACCUCUACCUGAAAUACAGACAUAAUAAGCAGUAAACUCUUUUAGUCAUAAAAGCAAGAAAACAGUUCAGUAUUGAGUAAAUGACCGUGACAGUGUUAAGUGUACGCUUCGCGGAACGGUUAGAUACGCUCUUUCGCGUUUGUGUGGCCGUCGUACAUAUUGUGAUGUGACUCUAUGCGUACAUAGUGCUAGCAAUCUUGUUUAAUUUAGAGCCGUAGGAAUAAAGGUAU